AUGAUUAUUUGACUUGUUCUUUUGUCUUUAAUCUUUCUUGACUUAUUUUACACCUUACUCCCACCUCCAUGAUUAACAAAACAAUUUAUAUAUAAAUUUUAUAGAAAUUUUUGUUUUCGAAAUUUUAAAAAAUCUUAAUUUGCAAAAAUUGGAAGCAAAUAUUUAAUUUAAUUUUAAAUGUAUGUUUUAAAACGCAAUUUGUUUAAAAUUAAACAGAAUUAGCUCGAGAUUUCAUUAUGCUAAUUAUCACUUAUAUAUCAUUUUUUUUCUACUAAAAAAAUUUUGUUCACUCACGGAGGGCAGGUUUUUAGCAAAAAAUAGGGAUUUCUCUAAUGGUUUUGUUCACUCACGGAGUGGGGAGUUAAGAUACUUAAAGCCAUACAAAAACCAAGAGAAUAUUGCCUAUGCCUGAUUUUUAUUAUUUUUUUUAAACUAUAUUCCUUUGGUACUUUUUGAAGCUUAUCAAACUGAAAUAUCUCUUUAUUUGAAAUCUUUAGGGUUCGAAUUCGUUGAUAAUGCAAACACUGUAAGCUUUUUACGAUCACUAUGAAGCUGAUUUAUCAAUUUUCUUCAGUGAUCAAGCUUAUUUUAUAGGUAUAGCUUUUGGACAUCAGGCUUUAUAUCUCUAGCGAUAAUAUAUGACUGUUCUCACGAUUUAUGGGCAUACUUUUCUUGCUUGAUAGGUAUGACUAAUCCUUUUUUCUUUUUGCUUUCCAAUGUUUCAGUGUCAAAUAAUGAUGAAUAUUUUAUAUUAUAUGGAAUUAAUAUUGGAAUAUUUAUUUUAACGUUUUUGAAACUCAAUUAUAGUAGCAUAAGAACAAAAGGGACAUCUCGAAUUAUGGAUAAAUAUCUUUAUCUUAUUAUAGUAACUACAAUGUUUGCUCUCAAAAGAAUUUUCUUUUAUGACAUUGAUAUUUUUGAUAUUUCUUAUUAUUUAUUUGUUUUUUAUUUUUCUUUUGGACUUUUGUAUUUACUUAUGGCUUAUUACUCUAUUUCAUAUGGAACUACGCUAUUUUAUUUUUCAAUUCUUUGAGCAAGACUUCAAGAAAAUCGCCAGAGGCAUUUUAAUAUUGGAGAAAAUGCAUGAAAAAUAUUUAUUAUCACGAUCAUUAGCAAGCAAGGCUUUUUGCUCACCAAGACAUGAUUUUUUAUAUUUUAGAAAUAAAAUAGUAAUAAUUUGCGUAGUUCACUCCUUAAUUUACAAAUCAAUAUUAUGACUUUAAAAAGGUCAGGCCUUCAUUAACUAUUAUUAAUUAUAUAUCAAGCCAAUGAAUAUAAAAAAUAUAAGUAUAAAAAAGAUAUUGUUUGCUAGAUAAGCUAAAAACUUCAGCUAAAAUUUUUCAUGCUGCCUUUUUAUCGUCAAAAAUGACGAAGGUUUUUUUCCCUUUUGUUCUCUAUAUCUUGCUCAGUCACAGAGGGAAAGUUAGCGCAUAUGCUUUAAUUGCAUUUUUUACAUAUUCUAUGUUUCUUACUUAUAAGCUAGUUGAAAACCUAUGAGGAGAGUUUUGAUCGUUGAAAGAAAUAAUGUUUAUUAUUGCAGCUGGAGGCAUAGGAUAUGUCCUGGUUUACCCAAAAGAUGAAAAUAAUGAUAAUCUUACUCAAGGUCUGUCAAAUUCAAUCUCAAUAUAUUGCCAAAUUUGCGUAUUGAGAGGAAUUUUUAGUUUGGUUAAUUAG